CCAAAUAUUAGCGGUGUAUUGUGUGGUGUUAUCUAAUUUAUCUUUCAGGAUUUUAUAUAAAAUAUUAAAAUAUUGAAACGGUUUUUAAGGAUUGCGUUGGAGCUAGUGAUGUCGAUGACAAUGCCUUAAACAGGCAAUGCUUUUUUGUUUAUGUAUUUAAUGUAUUGUAUAUAGAAAGAUCUCGACAUGGCGUUACCCGAUCUAGAUGUGAGAUCUGUGCUCAAUGUGGUGGAAGAAAAUUUUCAACAUGCAGAAUUGAAAGCUUACGCUGUUCGUAUAAUUUAUAUAGGCGAACACACCCUGGAAAAAAAUGACAUGAUAAAACAAUUUAAAAAGACUAUCACUGCGGUGAAUAACUUGUACUGUGAUGUUCAUAUCCAGGGCCUGCUUUUAGUCUACGAUAGCUACUUUAUACAUGUUUUGGAGGGCUCAGAAGACACAGUGCAUAGACAAUUAAGGUUCCUUUUCCAAGCGGAGUUAGACUGGAUAGUGGAGACGGACCGCCUGGAGGAGGAAGCGGCUGCUGCGGCGGCCGCGGCGGCUGAGGAAGAAGCCCUGGAACUCGGCAUCCCGUACGUGCCGCUCCCUUUGGUAGACCCUAGCGAGAAACCUGAGCGCAAGAUGUUCAAACGCCUGAAAAUGCUCAUGAUUUAUCAUUCCAUUCAGACGAGAUGGUUCUCGAACUGGCAAGCGGUGACCGCCCGGCCGCCGUCACUGGUGGGCAAGCUGGACGUCUACGGGCCACUCCAGGCGCACAUGGAACAAUUGCGCGUCUGCCUCGACAAGAUCCGCAAGCUGUGCCGGUUCGCCAAUGAGGAAGUUUUAAAUUUUGAAGGCCUAAGCGCAGUGGAUCCUAGAAUGGGGGCAUUACCUGAAGUAGCAUUGCUGGAUUUUCUCAUGCAAUCGCCGUAUAUAUUCGAUCUUCGCCAGUUUGCACACAUGCACAGACGUGUCGAUCACUAUACCUUUUAUUUCGAGAGCGUAUGGCCGCUGCCGACGCAUUACACGCCGCGAUACCUGUACAAGCUGAAGAUAGACGAUUCGUUCGUGGAGCCUCUGCCAGUGAUGCCCUGGGAGAUGGUUAAGAAGGAGGUCGGCGAAGAUGAGGAGCAACAGGAACAACAGAGCGGCAGCUCCGACAGUGACUAAAACAAGUUUAACCUUCAUCCUAUUGUUAUAAUUGCGUCAGUUUGGAUUUGUGUGUACUUGCACAGUCGUCUUACUUGGUUCGUACAUUUAUCGAACACUGUACCGAACGUAAUUUACCACUUCUAUUCGGGGUAAUAGUUAGGGUCUUAAGAGGAGCGUGUCGCCUCCUACGUUUCAUACUAUUAGACAUGGAAUUUGAAAGAAACGUUGGGAUCUAGAUGGCAAUGUUAGCUAAGGCCUAGGCUAGGCCCUGGCUGUGCUGGCUGCCCUGGCUGUCUCAUAAAUAUUAUAGCGAUGUAGAAUUUAUAUCUAAAUUUCGAAGACAUUUGGUUCGGUUAUUAUCGCGAAAUUCCCGUGGGAGUGAAGUCCCGGUCGCAGUUAGUAAAAACUUAUUAAGAGAUGCGUACUUCAGGCAUAUUUGCCUGUUCUCUGAAACAUUGAAAAUGACUUUUCAAAAUCAUGAUAAAAUAUAUACUUAUAAUGUUUUUUAGUCCUUGUAAUGUCACAAUCACAAAAUAUAUUUUGUAUCAUUACCUAUCGCCUAAGAAAAAUAU